CUACCUAAGAACGUAAUCGUCGUCCAAAUGUCCAAUACGACCUCUAAAGGUCCGCGCGGAAGAUACAAACUGCUGAUAUCGCUCUCGCCCACCAUCUCGCUCUAUUCACUCUUCUCCAACUGAAAAUUUCCCGCAUUCAUCAAACCCCGGCUCAUUAGUUCUUCAUUCUAGGAUUCUUUCGCUCAUCUUCAACAGGUAAGAUUGCUGGUUCUUGAUGGCUACUUUGGGAAAUCCAGCAAACAUAUUCUGGCAUCAGUGUGCAGUUGGGAAGACAGAAAGGGAAAAAUUACUCAAUCAACAGGGAUGCAUUGUAUGGAUCACUGGCCUUAGUGGCUCAGGAAAAAGCACACUUGCAUGCUCUCUUGGCAGAGAAUUACACUCAAGGGGCAAGCUUUCGUACGUUCUGGAUGGUGACAAUCUUAGGCAUGGUCUCAAUAAAAAUCUUGGUUUCUCACCAGAAGACCGAACUGAAAAUAUCCGCAGGGUUGGGGAAGUGGCGAAGCUAUUUGCGGAUGCUGGUUUGAUUUGCAUUGCCAGUUUAAUAUCUCCUUACAGAAAGGACCGUGAUGCUUGCCGCACCGUGUUGCCAAAUUCAUUUAUUGAGGUUUUUAUGAAUAUGCCACUAGAAGUAUGUGAAAGAAGAGAUCCAAAGGGCCUCUACAAGCUUGCUCGAGCUGGAAAAAUCAAAGGUUUUACCGGAAUAGAUGAUCCUUAUGAGGCACCUUCAAACUGUGAGAUUGAGCUGAGUCAAAAAGAUGGAGCAUGCCCCACACCAAAUGAUAUGGCUGCUGAAGUAGCCACGUAUUUGGAGGGCAGAGGUUUUCUGCAGACUAAAUGAUCGCACCAGAUUGUGGAAAAGGAACCUGCUUCUGCUCCAAGAACAUCAGGGGAGUUGAGUAUUUACAAAUGCAGUUAUUCUCUCUGUUAGUUUGAGAUUUAUGUAAUGUUAAGUGGUAUAAUAAGGAGGCUGGGAUUUGUUUGUUUAUUCUAACCUCGUGCGCAGGAAACUACGAUGUGUUUGGGGUUUCCCCUUUCUCAUUGUUGGAAAAACCUGUUUGACUUUUGACUUUGUAUAGAAAAUUUGAACCAAUUAAAAAUGGUAAUCACAUUUUUUGAAAAAUGAGAAGUAGUCAUGUUUUUAUAUUUUAAGAGACUUGAAGUAAUA